AUGAAUAAAAUUGCAAAGAAAUUUGAAGCCGACGGAUACACAUUUCUGAAGAAAGUGCAUUUAGUCUUCAUUUUUAGCUGGCUAUUUAGCGAUGAGUUUGUUAAAAUAGUACACUUAGCAAAAUGCACUGUUCAAUUGGAUGAAAAAGAACGAAUCAAGUAUUUUUGCUCUGAAGACGGAAGUGUCGUUCUAUCAUCUGAUCAUAAAGAAGAGGAAAAAUUCUUUAAAGGAACAGUGUUCACUCCGAAAAGAGCAGUUCGUCCCAGUCAACCGACUGACCCGGGACCAGCGAAGAAUUCGAAUGUGAAACUUGAAAACCCAGGUUCAGAAGAAUCAGAGUCGGAACAUGAAGCUCCGACGAACGUCUCCGAUGACCGGAAUUCGGAAUAUUCCAGAAUCCAAAACGGACCGUUCAAUGGAAGAAUCAACUAUGAUGAACUCGAUGAGCAAGAGUUUGAUGACGUGACCACUCUGAAUGUGACGGAUUUUAAUAGUUUUAUCGAUUCGAUGCUCAAAAGUAUCAAAAGAUCCAAAAAUCGAUAUUAUAGCCAAACUGAAGAUUCAUUGCCAAUUAAAACAAUCUACAGACACAUUAAACUGUCUCUAAUUCUCCCAUUCGGACUAGAAGUUACUGGCGAAGCACUGAAAAUAGUGGAGAAGGAGAUUGAAGAGCUGAGAGAGAGCCAAGAUGAGGUGCCACUGAAAACGAUUCGUGGAAAUUUGGAGUAUUUGCUGAAUUCGAGCACCGGCUUUUGGAUCUGA